AUGUUGUACAAUUCAAUUCCAACUAUUAUCCAAACCAAUAAAUUUCAAUUCUACAGGUGUAGUACAAGUAAUAGUCAUAGCAUUAAAAUACAAAAUAGAGGUGGAAUUAGAAGAUAUAUAGCGGCAGCACUCGACAGCUACUCCCUACACUCUUCAAUUUCAAACAUGUCACACAGCAGCGGUAACAGCAGCAACAGCGGUAAUAACAGCGGCAACAACGAUGUCCACUAUAAAUCAAGAAUCAUCCUCACCGUCAAAGUACCAGAGAUCUCCUUGACCAAGAAGAUUCUCUUUGACCAAGUAGAGUCAAUCAAAGAUGCAAUUGCAUUGAUCGUAGAGAAGCUUCCACCCGGUUGUCUCGAAAAUCUCCACGAAUACAACAUCUACGUUCCACAAAAGAGUAAAUGGUGUAAAAUAGAUUCUCCAUUCACAAAAUAUCAAUUCCGUGAAAAUCAAGAGAUAGAAUUUAAACGUGAUUCAAGAGGUGGUGUUAGUCAUAUUUUAAAUUCAGUCGGUCAUAUUCUGAAACCAUCGAGAACUGUACAUAUUCAACUUCCAGAGAUUGUGGCUGUAGGACUGUCCACUGGUGCUUCGGCCAUCUCUGGACAAUCAUCGGUCGAAACAACUCCACAAUUCAAUAUGUCACAAUCGACCACUCCAACUUUUGCAUCUGCCAGCGGAUCACUUAGAACAUCUGCCGACAAUACAUUUAUCACAGCACCACCACUUUCAAUCCCAUCAACAUCAACAGCACCAACAACAAUCAAUCUUAGCACUAACAAUUCACCUACACCAUCCAUUACAAUUCAACGUCCAUCCAUACCAACUUUGAAUCUCUCUGGAUUGACUCCACCUUCGUCAUCCUCGGUCAUUCCACCAUCGCCAUCACCCUUGUCGUCGUCGCCACGCGCGCCACUCGAGCAUAAAAAGUCAUUCCUCCAACUGAUUGGACUAUCGCCACGCAAUAGUUCACCAAGAACACCGUCACUCGCCAUGACCACACCCAUCACAACACCUCGUUCCAUCGGAACUUAUGCGCGUGCCGACAGCAGUUCGCGCGCCAGCUUCGACGUCGACGAACACACCACCGUCAAAGAGCUACUCCACAAAAUCUACCAACACUACAGCCACAUCGAUCGUGAACUCCUCGACGACUACAAUCUCCAGGUGCCAACCGACCAAUCUUGGCUAUCAGACCGCAACAAAACCAUUGGAGAAUAUCAAAUUCACCAUUUCUCAGAGCUACAGUUCCGUCGCCAAUACCAAAAAGUGAAAAUCAUCUUUUUGAAUCGUGAAGUUGUCAUUUCGCUCUGUCCAAACGAAACAAUCGCCGCCAUCACCAACAAAUUCAAACAACAAUACAUCCCUUCGCUCAUGAGAAUGCACCGCUCACCUACCAUCAUCGGUGGUAUCAGUAAACACCAUCGUCAGUCACUCACUCUUGAGCCAAUCCUAGAAGAUAACAGCAGCAGCAACAGCAAUCAAGCAACAACAUCAUCGUCUUCAUCAUCAUCUUCUUCACCAGUUUUACAAUCGGUAAACAAAACACGUUCACAAAGAUCAUACUCUGACAGUUCACCUCUUUCCUUUGCCGGCAAGAGUUCUAAUCCAAUCAACUCCACCGAACACUCAAUCGAUACAAUCAAACGCAAAAACACCAAUCCAAACAACAACAAAGACAUCAACCAACAAAUUGCAUCAUCACAACAACAGAUCUCGCCAGAGCUCGUAGAGUUUAAAGAUUUUAGAUUUUUCCUAUGUACCAAACACUCGAAUCCAAACAUUCAAAAUCGUUUCGACUACCUCCUCGACGAGGAUCGCACACUCGAAUCAUUCAACUUUUGGAACGGAGUGAAGCUACACUUUAAAAACAACAACACCACCUCACAAUCGACACCACGCCUCAACAAUACCUCGUUUUCCACCUGUAAAUCGCCAUUCUACAUCACCAUCGAAGCACCAUCCCAACAGAUCAACAUGUCUCAUGUUCUUGAAGUUGAAUCUUCAUCGCGAGUCUCUGAUCUCAUCAAAUCUUAUUCUCAAAUUAUUAGAUCAUCUUUAAAUAUUACAAAAUUCAAUGAUUCAUUAGAUGAAUAUGGAAUUUAUAUAGAUACUUCAGAAGAAGGUAAAGAAGGUAUUGAAUAUGGACAAUCUAUUUUACUUUCAAAUGAAAGAUUACUAUCGAGUUAUCCAAUCGAUCCAUUGGAUAAGCUGAUUUUCAAACGUACCAACUCGAUUUUUGCAAUGACCCCUCGCUCGCUUGAACAAGUUCUCGAUGUCAACACUAGCUUGACGGUGCCAUCGAUACUCGUCCAGCUGAAACAAAAGUUAAAGUCACUCGAUGGUUUCAACCAAGAAGGACUAUUCAGACACUCCUCUCCGGACAUUGCCAUCUACUCGAUCACCAAGUUGUUGGAGCGUGGCGACUUGAUGUCACCGUCACUCUACCCACUCAGCAGCAGCACAGGACAACUCAACUCGUCCGCUCUUGUCGACCCAAGUUCGAUUGACGCACACUCGAUCGCUGCAUUCAUCAAACACUGGUUUAUGAAGUUGCCCAUCAAAGUAUGCACACCGCUCGACGACCUCGAACUGCUACGCAACGCCGUGCUCAGCGAAGAGAACGCCAUUCAAACCGUUAAAGAAUCACUUCCCGAGCCAAAUCGUUCACUCUUAUUGUGGUUGGUCAGUCUACUCUCGGAUAUUGCACACAACGCUGCAACCAACAAGAUGAAUGCCAAGAAUCUCGCUGUUGUCAUGUCGUCGAUCUUGUUGCCGGUCAGCCAGCAACAAUCGAUAGAGCAACAACGCCAACUCGAACGUCAUCAAUUGGUUACACUACUGCUGCAACACCUCAUCAAGCAUUCACUCAGAGAGAAAGGAUUCAUUCCACUCUCGUCUUCCUCCAUUUCAAUCUCAACAACAUCCACCUCUUUUAUCUCCACACACGGGUCGGCAUCACCCAUCACCUCUUCACUCAUGUCUCGUUCACCUUCACUCACAGACAUGUCUGAAGAUCCAUAA